AUGUUUUGUAGCAAACUCAACUCAAAAGCAUCAGACUAUUUAAAUAUACUUGAUGUGUCAUCAUGCUCCAAUAAAUCCCGUGGAUCAUUUAAAGAAAAUCAACCUGAUAAUCGAAGUAAGAAUUUUAAUUAUCAAAAUAGAUUUUACUCCUAAGAACCCUAAUAACAGGCCUUAAACUGCUAGACUUGAUUAUUCCAAUCCACAAAAAGUUAAAUAAUUUUUAAACAAUUUGGUUUAGGAUGAAGUUAACAAAGCUACAACAUAGUUGUUUGGAUAAAAUGUACUUAAAAAAAAAGAAAAUUAGAUUAUUGAUAACAAAGGGGAUGGCUAAUGUAUUUAAUAUCCAAUAUAUUUAGUUUCAAGUCGAACGAGUUAUUUGGUGAAAUAAAAUACCCCUAAAAACAAUGAAACCUUCUUGAAAUCAACAUUUAUUGCUCCAGAAUAAAAUAGAGAAUUGGAUCAUCGAUACUUCCAAAAUCUCUAUUAUUAAUACAACAAGAAAAAUGAUUAGUCUUCGUCUUCUUCAAAUUCAAAAGGAAAUUUAAAAAGUUGUUAAAAUACCCUUAAUCAACUAACUAAAUAGAAUAACUAAAAGCAUUCCACCCCAAUACGUCAAAAUACAAUUAACAAUGAGAAUAUCAAUACAAUUAAUAUGCUCCUAAAUAGUAAUCAGAAAAACGCAAAUUAAAAUUUGAAUACAAAAAAUCAAAACAGCAGUUCGAAAAAAACAUACCCACAAAUGAUUAAUAAAUCAUAUUUGGAAUCUUUCAACAGUCUAAAAUAAAAAUUAGAUAACACAAUUUAAUCUAAAUAAUCUUCAAGCAAGAAGAAUAUGGAAAAGGUUAUCAACAUUUCUCCUCUCAACUCUCCAAAAUUAAAAGGAGAUAGUUCAAAUAAUUAUUCUUAGUGCAAUGAUUAAACAUUUCAAUAAAGCAUAAUUAAAUUGCUCCUUGAAAAAGAGCAAUUAUGGAAUGACAUUUUCCAUCUGAUUGAAAGUUCAACCUACUCUAAUUUAAUUUAAAAAAGUGACUAAUUAUUAAAAUUAAUUACUUAGAUUAAUGAGAGAUAAAAUGUAAAUAUAAUCGUAUUAUUUAUAGAGUGAAUAUUUAUUUAAAAUAGAGCCAAAGAUACUUGAGACCUUAUUGUAUGAAUCAUAGGCCAAUUUUAUAUUAAUAAGUGAAUCUUAGGAUUAGGAUACAAAUGAAGACCAUAAUGUUAAAAACCUUAUCCAAUAUAUUUUGAAUAGCAAUCUUUAUGUUUUCUAAGUAUUGCAAGGAACCACGCUUAAUCACUAAGUUUAAAAUUCCAUAAAGCAAAGAAUUGAGCUUAGAUGUUAGAAUUCUAGAAAAUAAAGCACUAAAGGGAGCUAAGGGUUAUAGAAAAAUAACUUUAUUAUCAAGUCAAUUUUAGGAUUAAUGUAAUUUUUUUAAUCAAUAUGAUAGUUUAAAAGGAUUGACGAAAUAGUUCGUCCCGAAAUUCAAUUGAAUAUUUCAAACAUAGCAAAUACUUUAGAUUAAUUUCUUGCACAAUA